GAGGAAAUAUGAGAUAUACUUUUUUUUCUCCCUCGUAGCCCCGCGUUUAAUAAACUCCGAGUCGUGGCACGCGAAGAGAAAUUACCCGUGAGGCUUCCCCACGUCUCCUGGAUCCCGUUCCGUAAAUUUGUAUAUAAACCCCUCAGCUACCGAUCAACUUCUCCCCCUUCCCCCACUGCUCUUUUCCUCAUCCUUUCCCAUCCACGUCAUGUACGCAAGACUCUCUCUCAGAUCGGGCAGACUUGUCCGCCCAAUGGCCCAGCCAUUGUCCUUCGCCAGCUUGUCCACCAUCAAGCUCAACACGACCACCACGUCCUACCCGACCAGCCACACCUCGGCCAAGGACAAGCCUUACCUCACACCCACCUUCAUCAAUAAUAAACUCCUCAAGUCGGACUCCUCUGAGUGGUUCGACAUCCACGACCCUUCCACCAACCACGUCGUGUCCAAGGUCCCACAGUCUACGGCUGCUGAGUUGGAGUCUGCGAUCGCCGCUGCGGACGAAGCGUUCGAACUGUGGAAGCAGACCUCGAUCAUCAAGAGACAGCAGAUUGCCUUCAAGAUUGUCGAGUUGUUGAGAAAGAACUGGGACAGACUCGCCGCUCUGAUCGUACUUGAACAGGGCAAGACGUUUGCCGACGCCAAGGGUGACGUCUUGAGAGGGAUUCAGGUCGCGGAGUUUGCCUGCGGCAUCACCUCUGAGUUGCAGGGGGUCUCGUUGGAGGUUGCCCAGGAUAUGGAGACCAAGAUGAUCAGAGAGCCAAUCGGUGUGAUUGGCUCCAUCUGCCCAUUCAACUUCCCAGCGAUGAUUCCGUUGUGGACCAUCCCAUUGGUCAUUGUCACGGGUAACACUACCGUCAUCAAGCCGAGUGAGAGAGCACCAGGUGCCGCCAUGAUCAUCGCCGAGAUCUGUGCCGAGGCUGGGUGUCCACCUGGUGUGAUCAACUUGGUCCACGGUAAGCACCAGACCGUGAACGCCUUCUUGGAAGACCCAAGAAUCAAGGCCAUCACCUUUGUGGGUGGCGACAAGGCCGGCAAGUACAUCUAUGAGCGCGGCCAUGCAUUGGGGAAGCGUGUGCAGUCCAACUUGGGGGCCAAGAACCACAUGGUGGUCCUCCCUGAUGCCGACAAACAGACCUUUAUCAACGCGGUCAACGGUGCUGCCUUCGGUGCUGCCGGCCAGCGCUGCAUGGCGAUUUCCGUCUUGGUCACUGUGGGUGACAAGCCAAAGGAGUGGAUUAAGGAUGUGGCCAAGGAUGCUGCCAAGUUCCGCAUCGGGAGCGGGUUCGAUACCUCUAGUGACUUGGGUCCUUUGAUCUCCCCACAAGCCUUGGUCAGAGCCAAGGAAAUCAUCGCCAGCGCCGAGACCGAGGGUGCCACGCUCUUGCUCGACGGGAGAGACCAGAAGCCGGAACAGGCUGCUUUGGCCAAGGGUAACUUCUUAGGCCCAACCAUUAUCACUAACGCCAAGCCGGGCAUGAGAUGCUACGACGAGGAAAUCUUUGCGCCGGUGUUGACUAUUGUCAACGUGGAUACUUUGGAGGAGGCCAUUAAGUUGAUCAACUCCUGCCGUUAUGGUAACGGUACUUCCAUCUUCACCAAGUCCGGUGCCGCCGCUCAGUUCUUUACCAAGAACAUUGAUGUGGGUAACGUGGGUGUCAACGUUCCAAUCCCGGUCCCAUUGCCACUCUUUUCUUUCUCUGGCUCCAGAGCCUCCUUCAUGGGUGACUUGAACUUCUACGGUAAGGCUGGGAUUAUGUUCUUGACUAAGCCAAAGGCGAUCACCAGUUUGUGGUCUUUCUCCACCGACGAGAUCCUGGCGCCAUCUACCUCCAUGCCGAUCCACGAAUAAGUUCGUGAGAAAUAAAUAAAAUAAGCAAUAAAUGGGAUAAACUAUAAAUGGGAUAAGGACAGAUUAUAACUGGAUAGAUGAAUUACGAUAAAAGAUAGACGUGAACUUUAGUUGGCUCGAGAGCUUAUACGCAAAAUGAUGUCGCAUGUACAUAUUUCGUGCUGGAAGUGGAACUCGU